AUGUUUAACAGCACUUAUUAUAGUUCUAUUUAUCGUGAUUCUCAAGGAAUUAAAACUCAUGGAAUGAAAAUGGAAUAUUAAAGCUUUUAAGGAACAUAUGCUGCAUACUCUAACACAUAUGUUUAUAAUCUCUUUAUGUUUGUCGAUAUUCCUUAAUAUCCAUUUUAUUUCUCAGCCAUUAGUAAUUAUACGUAAAAAUAAAAUUAAUUUAAGUGAUUCAAAUGUAGGAUGGGGAUUAAUAUCAUUCCAAAUUACAUCCGGAUUUUAUGUUUAGAACUGUUAUUUUUAAGAAGUAUCAUAUGAAUGCAAAAAAAUGCUAUUCAAAUUAUUAUGUUGACAAAUAGGGUAAAUGUAUUUAUUUGUGCAAUAAUUAUCUUUAGAGGAUUCUUGGGGACAAAUGCUAGGAUUUAGAAGAUGAAAUACCUUGUAUUUAAACUAAAUUAAUUUUUAGAUUCUAAAUAUUUAAUUAAAGAAUAUUUUGAUAAAACUAAUAAUCCAGAAUACUACUCAUAAUACAAGUUAGUCUCCAAAACAGGCUUAAAUUUUUUAAAAGGUGAGGAUAUAUAUUAUUCUUAUUGGCAGUAAAAUAGAAUCUUUGGUGGACCUUAUGUUUGGAGUUAGGCUGAAUUUGAGAGAAUUCAUAAAAUAGAGAAUGCCCACCAUAGCAUAAGUAUCUCAUUUUAGAUUGUCUAUGGUCCUAAUUUCCCUUCAAAUAGUCAAUUUAUUUAUACUAUUGAAGCAAAUUAACCAGUAUCUUGUUAAAAAAGUAGUGCAACUGAUACUUAUAGUGAUGGUUCAAAGUUAUAAACAAUAAAUAAAAAGAUUACUCAUAAUAGUGAUACAUUAACAAUUAAAUGGGAAUGCAAGGGUGAAGACAAUGAACCAAUAUUAGCAUAUUGUGGAAUUUAUAGAUAUUACAUUAUUGUUCAUUAUUGUUAGCCUUAUUGUUUAUAAUGUGAUUAAAGCACUUGUAUCUAAUGGGAUAAUUAUGAUUCAAGUUUGAUUAAGUUUUCUGAGAGUGAAUGUUAAGAGUAAUAGUACUAUGACUCAUUUUUAUUAAAAUGUUUUAAUUGUCCUUCUUAAUGCUAAACUUGUAAGUCAUAAAUUGAUUGCACCGCCUGCCAACCAACUUACACUCUUACUAAAUUAGGAUGUGUUUGCUAAAAAAAUUAAUAUGAUGCAGGUUUUUAAUGUGUUAAUUGUCCAGAAUAAUGUGAAUAAUGUGUCAGCUCUUCAUUUUGUUUAUCAUGUUCAAUCUAAAAAUAUAGAAAACUAUUAAAUGGAUAAUGUGAAUGUAUAGAUGGAUAUUAUUCAAUUUCAACAGAUCUUAUCUGUUUAAGAUGUCAUUUAUAUUGUAAAACAUGUUUAGGACCAACUUCAGAUCAUUGUUAAGAGUGUUAAAAUAUUAACAAUAUUGAAAAAGUUGGAUCUACAUGCAAAUGCUUAACGGGUACUGCCUACCAGGAUUAGCUUAAAAUAUGUGCUCCUUGUCAUUAAACUUGUUUAACUUGUUUUAGAAUCACAAUUGAUGGCUGUUUGAAUUGUGAUUCUAAUUUACAUCGAGUUCUUAGAGGAUUAAAAUGCGAGUGUUAACCUGGCUAUUAUGAAUUAGAUAAUAUUUGCCAAAGUAAAUAUAUUUCUUUUAUUAAGAUUGUCCUGAUACUGAGAAUAGUUCUUUAUCUCAAUGCUAUAAAUUAUGUAUUGGCAAUUAGCUAAUAUGGCAUACAAAUAAUUGUAGUAAUUGUGAUAUCGGGUAUGAAUUAAUCUCAAAUCAUUGUUAACCUAAAUGUGGAGACUCUAACUUAAUACAGUCAUUUGAAGAAUGUGAAGAUAAUAAUAACACUUUAGAUGAUUUAUGUUAUAAUUGCAAAUUUUAAUGUCCCAUACAUUGUUUGGUUUGUGAUUCUUCAACUACUAUUCCAUGUCCAGAUGUUUGUGGUGAUGGAAUAAUUACAGGUAGUGAAGAAUGUGAAGAUAACAAUGAUAUAUAAUAUGAUGGAUGUUUCAAUUGUAAAUAUUAAUGCGAUCCUUAUUGUACUAAAUGUAUUAUGGGAAAUUGUUUAGAAUGUUUAACUCGAGGGUGGGUAGUUGAUACAUCAUCCAAUAUUUGGAAAUGCAAAGAAUAAUGUGGAGAUGGUGUAGUAGUUGGAAAUGAACAAUGUGAUGAUUAAAAUCUUUCAGAGACAGAUGGAUGCAAAGAUUGUAAAUAUUUUUGUAGAAAAGGUUGUUCAUCUUGUGACUACUCAAAAGGUAUAUGUUUAAGUUGUGAAUAAACUGGAUAUGCUCCUUCAUCAUAUUAUUGUAGAAAUAUUUGUGGAGAUGGAUUAGUAGUAAAUGGUUUGUAUGGAUAUUUUUAAGAAUAUUGUGAUGAUGGCAAUAAUGAUAGUAGUUCAUAGUGUAAUAGUGAUUGUACAGGUUGUGCAAAGGGAUAUUAAAGAGGAUAGAAUUUAAAAUGUGAGCCUGUUUGUGGAGAUAGAAUUAAAUCAAUUGAGGAAAUAUGCGAAUCAGGGAACAUCUUGCCUUAUAAAGGAUGCCAGAAUUGUUUAGCAAGAUGUUAGGUGUCUUGUAAGAUUUGUGAUACAAGUGGUAAUGGUUGUAUAUAAUGCAAACUUGGCUAUAUGAAGCUGAAUAAUGUAUGUCAUCCUAUAUGUGGGGAUGGUAUAAUUGUAGAUGAUGAAGAAUGCGAUGAUGGAAAUCUUAUUUAUGGAGACGGUUGUCAUCUCUGUAGGUUUAGUUGUGUAUAGUCUUGUAUAAGUUGUAUCAAUGGAAUAUGUUAUUUACAAUAAGAUGAGGAGAAUUAUAUCUUAGAGAAAUGCUUAUCAAAUAUAAGUUUAAAUAUCAAUAGGAACAUAUAACAAAAUAUAUGCAUCUUAUUUAAUGAUCUAGACUAUUAAAAUAAAUCUUAUCUAAAGAAUCUAUUUUACUGUCCUCCUAAUUGUAAGCUUUGCUAAUUCUAAAUAUGUUAUCUUUGCUAAGAAGGGUAUGAAUUAACUCCAAUUAAAUAAGAUUGUAUACAAUCAUCCAUAUUCUAAGAUUAAUUAUAAUAUUGUUAAGUAAGUGCUCCCUUUUUUUGUUUAAAAUGCUAAGAAUAUGCUUAUUUUGACAUUUAUGAAAAUAGAUGUAAACUGCCAUCUUAUUAUUUGAAUUUAAAAAAGGAAUGCUCUUUAGGAUAUUAUUUGAAUGAUUUCUCUGAAUGUAUCUCAUAAUGCGGAGAUGGCAUUCUUGCUAAUGAUGAAGAAUGUGAAACAUAAGAUGAAAAUUGCAUCUAUUGUGAAUACCAAAAACCAUUUCGAUGUCAAAAUUUUUUGAAGGAUAUUUGCCUUUAGUGUGAAGAUGGUUAUUAUUUCAACAUAAUAAAAAAAUCAUGUGAAAUUAAUCUUGAAUAUGAACCUAUAGCUAAUAAUGAAAAUGAUUUCUACUUUAUUAUUUGCUAAUUGAAGCUUAGUAAAGACUGUCUAACAUGUGAAUAAGGAAUUUGUUUAUAAUGUAAAUAAGACUAUUUCUUUCUGAAUGGAUUAUGCAUGGCUAGUCAAACUACACAAUUAGUUGAAAUUGAUAAUCCUAAUAAUAAUUUAAAAAAUUAUAAAUUUCAAACUUUCUUGUUUGGUUAAUUCAUCUAAUGUGAUGUUUAUUAAUAUAAUGAAUAUAACGAUAAAAAUACAAUUUUUUUAUUCAAAAAGGAUUUGGAUUAAAAUAAAAAUGAAUGUAAUUCGUUAUGCGAAUUAUGUAAAAAUUAAUCAUGCAUUCAAUGUAAAUAUGGCUAUUAUGGUAAAAAUUGCUAACUUAGACAAGUCAAUUUUUAAAUUGCAAAAUUAAAAUAAUAUUAUUCAACAAUAGAUAUUUAUUAGGAAGAUCAAUCCUGUGAAUCAGAUUGUUUAGUUUGUUUUUUAGGAUAAUGUAUUUUUUGUAGGGAAGGUAGCUAUCUAUUUAAUCAUGAAUGCAUUUAGUAAAAUCUUAUUGAAUAUUAUCGAAUAAAAUAAGUGAGAUGUGGAGAUAAAAUUGUGUCAAUAGGAGAAUUUUGUGAUGAUGGAAACAAUGUUUAAUACGAUGGAUGUUUUGAAUGUUAAUAUAGUUGUGAUCUAUAUUGUUUAAAAUGUGAAUUUGGCUUAUGCUUAUAAUGUCAAGAUGGAUUUAUUCUAAUUGAAGAAUCAUAUACUUGUGAACCUUAAUGUGGAGAUGGGAAAGUAAUCCCUUUUACUUAAGAGCAAUGUGAUAAUAACAAUUUAGAUCCAAGUGAUGAAUGUGAUUAAUGCAAAUUUGUAUGUCUACCUCAUUGCUUAGCUUGUUUUAAUUUAUUCACCUGUGCUAAAUGCGAAAAAGGGUUUAUAUUUCGCUAGGAAAAAUGUAUUCCAAUUUGUGGAGAUGGUAUCUUAAUACCUGAAUUUGAAGAAUGCGAUGAUAAUAAUUAAAUUAAAUAUGAUGGUUGUUAUGAAUGUAAAUAUCAAUGUAGUCAAGAUUGUUUAGAUUGUUAAAAAGGAAUAUGCCAAAAAUAAUGUCCAAAAAAUAUGAUUGCUUUUGAAAAUGAAUGCAUGUCAGAGUGUGGAUAAAUGUUGGUUAACUAUGAAAUAGAAUGCGAUGAUGAUAAUAACAUAGAAUAUGAUGGAUGUUUUAACUGUAAAUUCUAAUGUGCAUUUGGUUGUGAUGAAUCAUUUUGUUAAAAAGGUAUUUGCCUUAAAUUCAGACCAGAAUUUACUCAAUAAAGUUAACAUUUUUAAAUACCUGAUGAUUUAGAUGAAAGUCUAAAAAAUAUUUUAAACAAUUAAUAAAGUAGUUGGAUUUGUAAUUAAUCGGAAUGUACCUACUCUGAAAGUCCUCAAAUAAUCAUCAAUAAUCUAGGGUUUAAAAAUUAAAAACAACUUAUUAAAAUUACUUUUGACUAAGAAGUUAAAUGUUAUUUUAGUUAAGAUUAAGAAAUAUUCAGAAUUUAUUUUGAAAAUAUAGAACAAACAUUUUAUACAUCUUUGUGUUACGCAUCUAAAAAUUAAGAGCUUUCUAAUAUAACCAAAUAAGUUGAGUAUUUAGUUGAAAUUGAAUUCUCUUAAUAAAUUUUUGUUCAACCAAUUCUUAUUGUUCAACCUGAACUUUUAAUACUUAAUUCUAAUAAUUAAAGUGUAAAUAUUACAAAUUAUAAAAUAACAUUACAUAUACCUCUUAUUUUAUAAGAUAAAGAGCUUGUAAAAUCUUAACAAAUGCAAUAAGCUAGCUAAGGUGUUGUAAUUACUUCGAUAUCAUUGGCAGUCCUUUCAUUAUUCUCAGGAGGACCUUCAUUUAUUGAGGAAUUGCUCAAUAUCAUUUAGUAUCAGUCAUUUCUAAAAUUUAUCAAUUUAGAAUAUCCAUAAAACUUACUUAUAUUUUUUUAGGCUUCAGAAAUGCUUUCAAUUUCAAAUCACCUGUAGUUUUUCAAUUUUGGCAAUUUCAUCAAUAAUAUUUACCCAAAAUAACUAAAUUUUUAGUUGAAUGGAAAAUUUCUUUAUUAUGAAUUAGAAGCAAUUCUCAUAACUAAUAUUACUCCCUAAAUAUUCUAAGCUUUUGUCAUAGUACUAAUAAUUUACUCUGGCUAUUUUUUCGAUAUCAUUUUUUAAAAAUUACUUUAAAACCAAUAUUUUAUUACUACCUUUGAAAAUAGAAACAGCCUUUCUAAAAAAUACAUACUCAUAUUUUUCAGAAAAACUCGCUAAGCAAUUAAAUUUUUAAAAAUUUCCAAAUACUCUUUUAGUUUCAAAUAAGUAAAAUAGAUUCUAUUACUUAACUCUUGGGAUUUACUAUUCAAAUCUAUUUUAUAUCUAUAUUGCAAUUAAGAAGUCAAUAUUAGAAGUAUUAUCGAGUCUUCUAUGAGUUUAGCUAUCAUUACAAUUUUAUAUAUAUCUCUUAGUGCACUGUUUUCACUCAGGCAGAAAAUAAAUAUUAGUAAACAAAAGCGAAAGAUUAGAUUAAAUAUUUUUAACCUUUGA